UAGAGAACCAGCAGAAGCAAGAGAUAGAACAGAAGAAGAGAUGGAGGUAGAGAAGCUCAGUGAUUUAGAUAAUGGUAAAGAUGAUGAUGAUGUUCUACUUCCAGGAUUCAGGUUUCAUCCAACAGAUGAAGAACUUGUUGGGUUUUAUCUUCGAAGGAAGGUGGAGAAGAAACCAAUUAGUAUUGAACUUAUCAAACAGAUUGAUAUCUAUAAAUAUGAUCCAUGGGAUCUCCCAAAAAUCACUACUGCUGGGGACAAGGAGUGGUACUUCUUUUGUGUUAGAGGGAGAAAGUAUAGAAACAGUAUAAGACCUAAUAGAGUCACAGGUUCUGGAUUUUGGAAAGCAACUGGCAUCGAUAGGCCAAUAUAUUCUGUUGCAGAAAACCAUGACUGUAUAGGCCUCAAGAAAUCCUUAGUCUACUACAGAGGAAGGGCAGGAAAAGGCACCAAAACUGAUUGGAUGAUGCAUGAAUUUCGCCUUCCAGCAAAUGUGAAAAGUUCUAAUAAUCCCAAUUCUAAGAACACUACUCAAGAAGCUGAAAUCUGGACACUUUGUCGAAUCUUCAAGCGAAAUGUGACUUUUAAAUACACAACAGAUUGGAGAAAAAGUAACAGUACUACUACUACCAUCAAACAAAACUCAAUUACUGAUUCAAGUUCUCAAACAUGCAGCUUUGAAUCUGAUAAUAGUGAAAAGUGCAAAAGCUUUGGAGCUAAUUCUGUCACUCAUGAACAGAAUGAGAAGAAGAAGCCAACAGUUAAUAAUAACAUUAAUGAUGAAAAGAACCAGUUGAAUUCAAUAGCUCAAGCACCAUUUACUACAUUGUAUUCAAGCUUUCCGAAUAGCAAUGGCAAUGAUUUAUUCAGAGAAGGGAACUGGGAUGAGCUUGCUUCAAUAGUUGAUCAGUUUGCCAUUGAUCCAACCUUUCUGUAUGGUUGUAGAUAAAGUGGCCAAAUAGUUUUUUGUUUUUUCUUCUUUCCC